AUGCCGCGCUUCGAAGCUGAACAGGGUGCUGGGCGCACCAGACGGGGAACAAGCUUCAGACGGCCGAUCAAUAUCGCCUCGAGUCCUGUCUCUAGCAUCCACCCCAAUUUAAAUGAAACCUCGACGUCCAAUACCUCGUAUAUCCCGACCGCCAACAUCGCACGGCGCGUUGUCCUCGUGCUCAUCGUGUGGUUUCUCCUCUCCCUCGUUACAGAGAUACGCGAUCCGCGCGGAAGACUGUUCUGGAUGUGUGCAUCGCGCCACCUCCCGCCGGCCGUGACGUGCCCGGCCGCCGCUGCCACGACGACGACGACCGAAUUCCUGGCCACGACCACGGCCAUAGCCACGACGACCGUCUCGGCCACCGUCACCACAUUCAAGGCCACGAAGACGGUCAAACUGCGGACCACAACCGCCGCCGGCACCACGACCGUGACGACCACGACCACAACCACCACGACCGCCACGCCGACCGCAACGCCCAUGUUCGGCACCGACGGCGCCGAGAUCGUCUGCCCGAACCGCCCGGCCGACUUCGACUGGGUCUACCUGGCGACGGACCCGCUGCGCGCCUUCAACGCCACGGCCCCGUCCAAGAAGCCGCCCCCGGCCGACGAGCGCGACGCCUGCCUCAAGGCCGUCGGCCGCGCCGUCAAGCGCUUCGCGCGCCACUGGCACCCGGACAAGGCGGCCAUCCACCCGCUCCACCUGACCCCCGACCAGCUGACCGCCGUCUCGCAGCACAUCAACAAGGGCAAGGAGUUUGCCGAGGCGGAUUGCAAGGGCGAGAAACGGCCCGACGACCCCAAGGCCGGAUCGUCGGCUGACACGAGCGGCGGCGGCGGCGGCGGGGGGUCGGACGACGGAGAGGAUGGUGACGACGACUUGGACCUUGAUUUCUACAGGAUGUUCGGGCCGCCGUGGUCGAGUGACCAGAGGUGGCGAGACUACAGAUAUAACCGGAUCAUCGGAGAGCCGGUAGGGGAGGUUUGGUUGCAAUGGAAUUUGGAACAGGUGCGUUCAAGAGAGCUCGAAGGACCGAGUAAACGCGAAAAGGCCUUCUGGAGAGUUUGGAAGCGCGUCAAUAAAUGCAGGGAGAAAGAACAACCACCAGGUCAGUAUUUCCACUAUUGGUACCAGCAUGGGAUAUAUUGGCAGAAUAGUCGACUCAAACAAGCAUACCCGUACGGCUGGGCUCCAGAAUGGGAAAUGCCGCCUGGGCCAAUGAAGUCUUUCUUGUUGAGGCUGCAGAGUUUUAUUGAAUACCUCAUAACUCGGCUCUGA